AUGACGCCGUAUGUACCACCGGAAUGGAGCACAAGAGGUCGUAAUGUACAUGGAAUUUACUUGGAAGUGAUUAAAAAUGGUCGUAUACUAGAAAAGGUUCCAUUACCUCGAUCGAAAGGUUCUAGUUUUAUCCUAAUUGGUCGUAGGGAAAAUGUCUGUGAUUUAUUACUUGUCCAUUCAUCUAUUUCUCGACUUCAUGCAGUAUUACAGUUUAAUGAACAAGGAAUCCUUUAUCUCUAUGAUUUACAUAGUACACAUGGUUCAUAUGUAAAUAAGAAACAAGUUGUAUCGAAAGAGUUUAUACGAGUACAGAUUGGAGAUAUACUUGCAUUUGGAGACUCUACAAGACUGUAUGCCGUUUGCGGGCCACAGGAGCUUUUACCAGUUGAAUACGAGUCUGUAAAGUUGGCAAGUUUUCGAGAAAAAGUGAUCAAGGAACGAGAGGAAGAACAUGGAGCUUCGUGGGGAUUUAGACAAGAUGCAGAAGAAGAAGAUGAUGAUGAUGCUGCUGAUGGAGGAGGAGGAGGAGGAAGAAGAGACAGUGACGAAGAAGGAGAUGGUGGGAAAGAGGAGUUACCAGAUUAUUUACGUAAUUUGAAGGAUGAGGAUCAACCGUACAAGUCUAGUGUGAGUCAAUUGCAGAUUAAUGAGAAAGAUCAGCGAUUGUAUCAGCAAUUACAAUCUCGUAUUCGCAAGAUGGAAAACAUAAAGCUUGAAACAUCGAGGAUUCUAGCAAAACAAAAUCAGCUGGAUGGAUUGUCAGAGGGACAGCAAAAUACGUUAGAGCGGAAUGAACAACGCAUUGCGACAUUAAUGAAGGAGAUUGAUGAUCUUGAAGCACGGAUUCAUGCAAAGAAUGAUCAGCGGACAAAGACUCGAGGCGUAUCAGGUACUGCGACGAGGAGGAAACGCAAUCGGAACGACGAGCUGUACGGGUACAGCAGUGACGAAGAUGACUUCUAUGAUCGGACUAAGGCUAAUCAACAGAAGCUUGCAAUGCGAAAGCAAAAGAUAACGAGUUCGACCGACGAUUCUAGUGGAAAUGCAGCAAAAAAAACUGCGAGAGUACCGAAGAGCGAGAUUCUGACUGCAGACUCGAUUCAGGCCAAUGUCAACAAGCUUGAAGCAGAACUUGCAAAGCUUCAAGACCAGCUGACCGCUGCGUCUACAAUGGCUUCGGAUAAUCAAACUAUACGUGAGGACAGUAAGCAAGAAGAGCAAGCGGACUCAUUAGAUUCUUUCAUGGCCGUAGCAACCACACAGCUUCAUGUAAACGAGGUAGACACACUAACAAAACGAAAGGAUGAGGUGGAGAUGGAAUUAAUGCGUCAACGACAACUACUCGCAGUGGCAACGCCGGCGUUAGCAGCGAUACCAAUCCAAAAGCCGUUAGUCAAAACAGUGACAAAUCCUGUCGGAUGCAGCUCGUCAGAUCUUUCGUCAGAAGUACAUGUAGAGCCAUCACAUCCAGUUUCUGCCGUUGAGAAGAGGACAACUGAACCUGUUGCAACAGCAGCUAGAAAUGACGAUUCAGCACCAGAUAACAAGUGCGAGACAUCUGAGACGAAGACUGCUUCCAUUGGCAAGCCAAAAACAAGGUCGGCUGCUUCACACGAGUCCCGGAAGACGGCAGGAAAAACUGAGCCAAGUGUGCCGAAACGACGACGAAUUGUCGGUCCAGCAGUGGGCCCUCCCCCGCAAAUGAAACCCAGCGGAAGCGAUGAGAAGCAUACCGAUGACUCGAAAACUCUAGAAGGAGGCGAUCAGGUGUGGGUCCCGCCGACAAACCAGACUGGCGAUGGCCGCACCAAGCUGAACGACAAGUAUGGCUACUAG